ACAGAUACACACAGAGGAACGGAUUUUGGUGCAGUCGGGGAGGUGGCGGAGGUCCUGUAACCUGCGGACCUGCUGCGCCUGGCGGACCAGCUUCACCAUGAGCCAGCGGCAGGUGCUGCAAGUGUUCGAGCAGUACCAGAAAGCCCGGACGCAAUUCGUGCAGAUGGUGGCGGAGCUGGCGACCAGACCCCAAAACAUCGAGACGCUGCAGAACGCAGGUGUAAUGUCUUUGCUGAGGCCUCUUCUUCUGGAUGUGGUCCCAACAAUUCAGCAGACUGCUGCUUUGGCUCUGGGGAGAUUGGCCAAUUACAAUGAUGACUUAGCAGAAGCAGUUGUGAAGGGCGACAUUCUUCCACAGCUUGUUUAUUCAUUGGCAGAACAAAAUCGUUUCUACAAGAAAGCAGCUGCCUUUGUGCUGAGAGCAGUUGGUAAACAUUCUCCGCAGCUGGCCCAGGCCAUAGUCGACUGUGGAGCUCUGGACACACUGGUGAUAUGCUUGGAGGACUUUGACCCUGGAGUCAAGGAGGGCGCAGCCUGGGCACUUGGGUAUAUUGCAAGACACAAUACAGAAUUAUCUCAAGCUGUGGUGGAUGCAGGAGCAAUUCCUCUUUUAGUUCUCUGUAUCCAGGAGCCAGAAAUUGCUUUGAAAAGGAUUGCUGCCUCUGCUCUCAGUGAUAUUUCAAAGCAUUCUCCAGAGUUAGCACAGACGGUGGUGGAUGCGGGAGCGAUUGCUCACUUAGCCCAGAUGAUCCUCAACCCUGAUGCAAAAUUGAAGCGCCAGGUCCUUUCUGCUCUCAGUCAGAUUGCAAAGCAUUCGGUGGAUCUGGCAGAGAUGGUUGUUGAAGCAGAGAUUUUCCCGGUUGUACUCACCUGUCUGAAGGACAAAGAUGAAUACGUGAAGAAAAACACUUGCACUUUAAUUAGAGAGAUUGCAAAACAUACACCUGAGCUGUCACAGCUGAUUGUUAAUGCAGGAGGCGUGGCUGCUGUGAUUGACUGCAUCGGAUCGUGCAAAGGGAACAUACGGCUGCCUGGCAUCAUGUUGCUGGGUUAUGUGGCUGCUCAUUCUGAGAACCUGGCCAUGGCAGUGAUCAUUUCCAAGGGUGUACCCCAGUUAUCAAUCUGCCUCUCAGAAGAACCAGAAGAUCACAUUAAGGCUGCUGCCGCCUGGGCUUUAGGACAGCUGGGAAGACACACGCCAGAGCAUGCCAGAGCUGUUGCGGUCACAAACACUCUGCCAGUUCUGCUUUCUUUGUACAUGUCUCCAGAGAGCUCCGAGGACUUGCAGGUGAAAAGUAAAAAAGCCAUAAAGAAUAUUCUUCAAAAAUGCACCUACCUCCCAGCCCUCGAGCCAUUUUUGUAUGAUGCACCUCCUAAUAUUCUGAAACACGUUGUUGGUCAGUUCAGUAAGGUGCUGCCUCAUGACAGCAAAGCUCGGCGGCUCUUUGUAACUAGCGGAGGACUUAAAAAGGUCCAAGAGAUAAAAGCAGAACCUGGCUCUCUCCUGCAGGAAUACAUCAACAGCAUUAACAACUGCUACCCAGAGGAAAUAGUACGGUACUAUUCACCUGGAUACUCGGAUACUCUUCUACAGAGGGUGGACAGCUACCAGCCACUCAUCAACUGAACAAACCAUAUUUUUAUACCCCUCAGUUUCCCAGGAGAGUAUGAAUAGUGUUUGUUAAAGUUCUUUAAAAGAACACUCUAGCUUUUGUUCAAUGUGGGAUACCUUUAGAUAAUGUUUUCUAAUUGUAUGUAGUAGUUUAAGAAUUAGCUGGAAUAUAUGAAGGACAGUCAUUGCAUGCAUAGGAAUUUCUCUAAAGAUAGUCUUGAAGACAUUAAAAGGUUUAACACAUUUGUUAUCGUUCUGCUGAAAACCACAUAUAAACGGCACAAACAUUCCCUCCAGCUAGCUGAGAAAUGCUGCUCCACAGUGCUCAGGCUGUUUUGGCUAUUUUCUCAUACAGAGGCAAGGAAAACUUGCCUUUCAAGUUACAGAAAGGCAUCUAGAAGGAAAAGAGCUGAAAGGUGACCCUGAUGACAAAUAACCCUGAAAGAGGCUUUGAUGCUGGUCACACAAAGGCCCUGGACUAAUGUAGAAGCUCGAGAGCUGCUAGGGUUCCUAAGAACCUAGGCACAUUCUCCUCAUUCCCACUCACUGGUCGUGAAGCUCUUUCCCUCUGGUUCCUCACUGAUGGGUUCUCAGCAUUACUCUCUGGUAUUUGUGCUCUCUGUUCCUCGUGGGAAGACUCUUAUUCCUGAUCCAUAUGCAAGGACAAAACAUGGAAUAUUUGCCUCCAUUGUCCUUGUCCUAGGUUCACUUCACCAAAUUUCAGAAGUCAUGUUUUCAGGGAUUUAAGUAAUUUGAGCAGAAUACAUCAAGCUCAGACUUCAUAUACAUUUUUAUUAGAUUCAGUAAUGGGGCCAAAGAAAAUUUCAAUAAAGUGUUAAAAAAAGCA